CCUAUCGACAUUCAAUGUCGAUUCGUAUCUAUGAAGUAUAUACACGCAACACAUGGUUUUCUUCUGCCGUAUUCAAACGAACCAAAGCAUGUUGUUUGUCGCGAUAUAUUGUGUUUUCUCAAAUUAAGUUUAAAAGAACGAAUUAUUGGAAUUGUAGCCCGUGAAAACAUUACCAGGCCAUUUGAUAGCGUUUGAAUCUCACAGCUUGCAUAUCGCAAGGCAGUGCCAAGUAGUGCCAAGACAACACGAACUUUAGUAUGUCAGGCUCAGUCAGGCUUUGAUCAAAUCGUUUCAGACAUAAUUAAUGUAGAAAACUACAAAAUGAUGGAGAAUUCGAAAAGAGCCGGUGACGAGGAGCCCAAGGUUCUUGAACCUGUGUUAAUAAAAAUCGACACGAAUGAGUGCAUACAUAUUAACAAAAACGAGUUUAAAAUUGGACGUGCAAGAGACAAUGACGAGAUUAUAGUGGAUAUCGCUAUAUCUAGAAGACAUUGUGUCUUUAAAUGCGAAGAUGAAGAUAAAUGGACAAUUAAGGAUUUAAGUUCUACCUCAACAUUUGUCAAUAAUGUUGUGGUUGGUUCUGGGGAAGUACAAAAUAUUUGUCCUGGUGAUAUUAUACAAUUUAGUCCUAACGAAGCAUUUAAAUAUAUAUUUACUCUUACCGAAAGAGAACGUUAUAUUAAGAAGCCACGUAUAGAUGAAAAGAUACUCGACACUGUACUUGUCAAGCAGAGAACAUUCGCCGAAAGCCAGGACUGCCAGCGAAAGAAAUUUAAGGAUAAGCUUGAGAUAAAACAAAAGGAGCUAGUCGAACUAAAGCAGCAGCACGAAAAUUUGUUGUUGCAACAAACUGUGGCAAAAGAUGAUAAAGAGAAUUUAUUAAAACAAAUUUCAAUACUAGAAGAUAAAAUAAAAACAUGUAAUUCUCAAGAGGAACAUUUGAAUAAAAUGUAUGCUCAAUUAUUAGAAGAAUUGGAAAAUGAAAGGCAGAAGUUCGAAGUGACAUUAAAUGAAGAGAAACAGAAGUGGCAAGAAGCAUUGGAUUUGAGUAAGCAAGAGAAAGAGACGUUGGAAGUAAAAAUGAAAAAUCAAAUGGAGAAAUGGAGAGAAGAACAACAAGCAGAAUGGAGAAAUAUGAUGGAAAACAAGGUGAAAGAAGAAAAAGAUAUUCAGGCCCAAUUAUUGAAUGAGAAAAAUAUGUUGCAAGAGAAAUUAAAAGAAACAGAGAAAGCUUUAAAGGAACAGGAAGCAAAAGCAGAAACUUCGCAAGUGAUAUUUAAUGCAAGUACAUCAAAUGAAACUAUUGCAAGUACAUCAGACUGUAUAUUCUUAAAUUUGAACGAUGGAUAUGAGGUUCCUCAAUAUGAAAUAAUAGAUACAAUAGAUCUAACUGAAUUGAGUCAAAAUAUUCUAGAGACUAAUGUUAAGGAGAGUGUUCUUGGAAAAGUGAGCGAUAUUAUGGAUGAACAGUUAACGUGCGCCAUAUGUUCAGAAUUAUUUGUGAAAGCAACGACAUUAAAUUGCGCACACACAUUCUGUCAUCACUGCAUAAAAUCAUGGAAUAGGAAGCGGAAGGAUUGUCCUGUCUGCAGGAAGCCAGUAAUAUCGAUGAUUAGGUCGUUAGUUUUAGAUAAUUUUAUUGACAGAAUGAUCGAUAAUUUGCCCCCCGAGCUUAAAAACAGAAGACAGGAAAUUAUACAAGAAAGGGAAGUAUCAGAAAUGAAGAAACCUUCGAAAACAGUAUUAAAGCGAUGUUGAGUUGGAUGAUAAGAAGAUAA